AUGGGAGUUUGUGUUUCAUAAGAAAAGAAAAAUAAAAGCUUCAAAUGUGCUACAUAGUCUUAAUUAAACCUUUAAAAUUUUAUGAUAACUUAAGAUAAAUAAACGACUACUUUAUAUCACUCAACUAAAACUCAAGCAUAAGUUUAACCAAGAGAAUAUGAUUAUACAAGUCAUUAAUAUAUAAAUAUCUUUAGAUCCGCAUCGAUAAUACAAUGUAUUACUAAAUGGAGUUGUUUUUGCAGUUGUCAAUUCUGUUGAAAGGUCUUUUAGCGACGAGCCAAUCAAUAAUGAAGGUUGA